CCCGGCUCCUGACCUCCGUUCCUCGUCCUCCAGCUCAGACCUCUGUGCUCGGGCUCCGGUGUUGGGUGCAGGCCUGGUGUGGUCUCCCAAUUGACUGAACAAUGCAGAAGGAUAGUGGCCCACUGGUGCCUUUACAUUAUUUUGGUUUCGGCUAUAUAGCCCUGGUUGCUAUCGGCGGAAUUAUUGGCUAUGCAAAAGCAGGUAGUGUGGCGUCUCUGGCUGCUGGACUCUUCUUCGGGGGCCUGGCAGGCCUGGGUGCUUAUCAGCUGUCUCAGGAUCCCAGGAAUGUGUGGGUUUUCCUAGCCACAUCUGGGACGUUGGCUGGCAUUAUAGGGAUGAGAUUCUACAACUCUGGGAAAUUGAUGCCUGCAGGCUUAAUCACAGGUGCCAGUUUGCUGAUGGUUUCCAAACUUGGGACUAGCUUAGCUCACCACAUUCGUAGUGGCCAUGUCCCUGCGUGGGCUCAUGAAGAGUUGAAGGUCUCCAAACUCCCACAUUACAGUGUAUGA